AUGAAAUCCACCGUGAUGAAGGGAUUCUUCCUCUGGAUUUCGAUCCUUUCUCUGAUCCCCUCGGUGAUCGGAAACCAAAAUUGCCCAAGUUGGGGGACGCAGGGGGAGAACGCGCCCUGCACCUGCACCGAAACUCCCGAUGGCGACGUCACAGUGGAUUGCUCGAACGCCACGUCAAGUGAGGAGAUCUUGACGGCCUUUAACAAUGCAUCGUGGGCCUCCACUCAACUCUGGCUCGUCACACUGGAAAUCCAAGCCAUAUUGGACGAGUUUCCCUUCACUUUUCUUCCUCAACUGCUGCGCCUCAGGAGUUUGGAUCUUUGCUUCAACCGCUUGACCUCUACUCCAGCCUUACAAAGUCAAACCCUCGAGGAACUCAGUCUUAAAAGCAAUAAUAUAAGCAGAGUGGAGGAAGACGGAUGGGAGACUCCUCAUCUGAGGAAGCUCUACUUGAGUGAGAAUCCACUGUCCUUGUUCCCCUCGCUAGUCAUCAAGAGCUUGAAGAGACUAGAGGAAUUCCAUUGCUCGGAGUGCAAUCUGGGACCCACUCUUUCAAGCGGGCUGAUGGAGUUCCGCAGCCAGGCCUUGAGGACCGUCAUGCUCUAUGGGAAUGACAUAUCAAGAGUGGAGCCGGAAGCCAUCACAGGCCUAAACACGGAUACGUCGAUUUCCCUGCAAUACAACAAGAUCACCGUAUUGAAUGAAGAGAGCUUUCGCCCUAUUCUGGAGGUCCUCUCUCUGGGAAACGGAGUCCUCUCUCUGGGAGAGGGGAGUAUCACAUACGGAGUCAUCACGGACGAAAACGGGAAUUCAAAACCGUUUACUAGCUUUCUACUGGCCUUGGGCAACAGGGAGUUCACCGACCUCUUCCGAUGCACCCGAAACCGUCGUUGCUGUGCUUUGAAGACGGCCAUCGAGAAAAGAGAACUCGAACUGCUCUACAAGGGAGGUAUACCUCAACGAAUGCAUUUUGGUAUUAAGAAAUACACCAUAGCAAAAUCAGCCUUGCGGGACUUUGCCUUAAUCCAGGCAACUUUACACAUUCGACUUGGUGAAACACGUACAAUGGAACCUGCACAGUAUGCGGCAUCGAUUGUGAAUUCCAGCAUAUGUGAGGAAAAAAUCACGUAUGGCACUCCGCUCCCAUUGAAUUCCAUUUGUGUCUCCUUCGCCUCAGCUUGGUGUGGAGAAUCAGGAGCCCCUCUCAUCUGCAAGGACUCCAUCACCGGCUUCCAUCGGUUGGUAGGUCACUUAUCCAUCCCUGAAGGGAGCUGUCAAGAUGAAUCUAUACCUGGGAUCUUCGCCGAUGCCACUUCCGCCUUAUCAGUAACAUUCCAUCAGACGACCUUCACGGCCAGCCUUUUCUUCUCCUCUACGUCGAAUGUUGACUCCAACAAAGGCAGUGACUUGAGGAUAACUAAUAGCAGUGCAAUUGAAGCAGUCGGGGACAAAAACUACACGGAAUGCAUCGAGAAUGGAAAAUAUGUGACUAGAAGUAUUGUGGUCUAUAAGUGCAAUCAGCAUUAUAUUCUCAGGGGAUCACGGAUCCGGACCUGCACCGAGAAUGGUCAAUGGACGGGACACGUACCUUUUUGUGAGCCCGAAUGUGGGAGGAGGGUGCUCCCAGCGGGGUUAUCAGCAGGGGGUACGGAAUCGGACAUUGGAGAAUGGCCGUGGCAGGUUGCCAUUUAUAAUACGAAGAAGGAAGAGCUUGUAUGCGGCGGGGCUCUGAUUCGGGAACAAUGGGUUCUGACCGCUGCACAUUGCCUUACCAUUGGAGGUACCUCAAAUGCUGACUUUAUAUUAUAUAUUGGGAAAUACUAUCGUAACAUUUCCCUGGAUGAUGAAUUCGUGCAAGAGAGAAAGGUGUCUAAGAUCAUCCUGCACGAAGAUUUCAAUGUGCAGAACUUCGACUCAGACAUCGCAUUAAUAAAACUGACGGAGCCGGCAGUGCUGACCAAGCGAGUUCAAUUGAUUUGCCUCCCAAAGCUAACUUAUCUUUCGGAAAGUAACCUACAGAAUGGAAGUCGAGGAUGGGUAGCUGCUUGGGGUUUUAAUGGUUCGGAUAUCCUGAGUGCCGUGAUGACGGAGGUAGAGAUCCCAGUGAUAUUCAAUCAGGAUUGUCGUCGGAAUAUCAUCAAAUUCACAGGCGACCCAAGUCUCACUCGCACUCUCACCUCGAACAUGUUCUGUGCUGGACACGAUAAGGACACUCCUCUUGAAGGUAUGGCUUGA